CCCUUCGUUUGAAUUGCCUGCCUCGGUCUAGGAAAACCGUAAUUUCCAGUCCUGAAUUCAUGAUUUGUUAUGUUUGUUAGUGAUUCAUAAAAUCUUCCCAAAAACACAAUGAAGGUGGGUGUAAUACACGAAAAAGUGGGUGGUGCGUGUGAUAAGCAGGACGGUCAGCCAAUGAGGACAGACCCCGCUUAACAUACAAGAUCCAAAGGCAGUAGGGGAAAGGUUACGUGUUAAUAACAUGGCGUGGACACUAGUGCGGGGGGCGAAAAAACUUGGAAAUCUGGCAUUUCCAUUAACGUCUGCUGUCUCUAGAAGGCAGCUGCUGCGCGAUGGGGGCGGAGCUUUGCUGCAGGCUGGUGGCUCGCAGGCUGCCUUCUUCCCCCCGAAUGAAGGGGUGAUGCUGCGGCCAGACGCCUUCCGAAAUAAAGUGGCCUUCAUCACGGGAGGGGGCACAGGCCUGGGCAGGGGGAUGGCCGGCACGCUGUCGGCUCUCGGUGCCGAAUGUGUCAUCGCCAGCAGAAAGCUGGAUGUUUUAAAGCAAACUGCAGAGGAAAUAUCAAAACAGACAGGAAAUAAGGUUCACGCCGUGCAGUGUGACGUGAGAGACCCGGCGUCGGUGGAGGCUGCGGUCACUGAGCUGGUCGGCGUUGCAGGUUUGCCGGAUGUGGUGAUAAACAACGCUGCUGGAAACUUCAUCUCUCCCUCAGAGAAUCUCUCUCCCAACGCCUGGAGAACAAUAACGGACAUUGUCCUGAACGGCACUGCGUACGUGACACUGGAGGUCGGGAAGCGGCUGAUAAAGGCCGAGAAAGGCGCUGCCUUCUUGGCCAUCACCACAAUUUAUGCUGAGAGCGGCUCUGGAUUUGUGGUGCCCAGCGCUGCCGCCAAGUCCGGGGUGGAGACCCUGUGCACGUCUCUUGCAGCAGAGUGGGGGAGGUACGGCCUGCGGUUCAAUGUGAUUCAGCCUGGGCCCAUAAAGACCAAGGGAGCCUUCAGCCGACUGGACCCAACGGGGGUGUUUGAGAAGUCCAUGAUAGACCGGAUCCCAGUGGGCAGACUGGGGACCCCUGGGGAGAUCGCCAACCUGGCAGCGUACCUCUGUAGCGACUACGCCAACUGGGUGACUGGAGCGAUCAUUCGAAUGGACGGUGGAGAGUUCGUGUCAAUGGCUGGCGAGUUCAAUGACCUAAAAAAGGUCACCAAGGAACAGUGGGCCAUGAUGGAAGCCAUGAUCCGGAAGACCAAGGGCUCUUAGUGCCUUAUGAAGUUGCCCCAGAUUCUCUUUGCAGGACCUGUAGGACACUAGUCUACUUAAUGGACCCCAAGCAGUAAUAUUCAGUGUGUUUCCUGCCUCACAUUUCAGUCCAGCUGUUAACUGCCUCAGUUCAGAUACUCUGAUUAAAUUCUCCCCGUGAACUUCUUUUGUUUGGAAAAUCUAUAGAAGAUUUAAUUUCAUGCCUGAAAUCUGAAAACAAUGAAGCCCUCUGAUUCUAGCUCACAUGCUUUUAAAAAUGCAUGUAUGAUACACAUGAAUGUAUUUGUCCCUUUGUGAGAGAGUAAAAUGUACUCAAAGCUAA